AUCCAAUGCAUUUCCUCCUGAAGCUGUUUUCCUCUUGCCUGAGCUCUUCAAUUCACAGUCCUGUUACUCACUAUGGGUGAUAGGAUGACUUGACAAGAGCAGACCGUUCUUUGGGCCAUGUGUAACACCUGGGAAUGUGCUUCACCAUCUCAGGGGUAUAGGGCGGCUUCAAACACGCGGGUGGGAUGUGUAGAGCAGGUUGGUAGCGUAAAAGCAUAUCAGGACUUAUUCCUUCUUGAAGGCAGAGCAUAGAUGAAAAUGGUGACAGUUCUUAGGUGUUCCUGCUUUUGCUGGUAUCCAAUGCAUUUCCUCCUGAAGUUGUUUUCCUCUUGCCUGAGCUCUUCAAUUCACAGUCCUGUUACUCACUGUGGGUGAUAGGAUGACUUGACAAGAGCAGACCGUUCUUUGGGCCAUGUGUAACACCUGGGAAUGUGCUUCACCAUCUCAGGGGUAUAGGGCGGCUUCAAACAUCCCGGUCGGGUAUAAAGGUUGGAAUGGCAAGGAACUCUGUUCCACAUUGUUCCAAAUUGAGGCUUGGGCUAUAUUCGACUUGGAUGAACCGGUUGAAGUGAGCAUUGAUGAUCAGCAUUUGGUGCAUCACGGUUUAAAAAACACCCAGUAAGCAUUGAUUCAAUGCAACCGCUUGAGUGAGAUAUACCAGUUUUAAUCUCUGAAUCCCAAGAACUAGGCUAAAUUCCCGCAUGAUUGGUUCAAUUCCCAGUUUUCAUCGUUUGAAUUUCCACAUUCAUUACUUAAACAGAUAGAAUCAGAUGCACACCAUUUUCUUUUAGUGGUAAACUUGGUACACUUCCCAUUUUUUCAUCAGUUUUUUUUUGGAAGAUCCCAGGGCUUUUUUAGGCCAUCGAAACGCCAGGCCUGCAGGUCCCCCAUGGCUUCUGCAGACUGUGGAGAUGCAGGCCACCAUCCACAACGAACCGAUGGCUCAAGGUCCCUCGUGUGCCAAAUGUUGCGAUGGACGCGUGCUGCCAAUCUCGUGUGGCGAGCGCGAGCCAAUGCCUCCUUGGCGCAGGCCGUAUUAAAUGGCGACGCGGCGGCCUUUGAACGGGAGGUCUCGCGUCUCCGCAGCCGCCUGACGACGUCAGGUGCUGCGCGUUGUCAGGCGGAGGAUUUGCUGAAGCAGCUGGGACAGGCCGUGCUGGCCGGAAAUCUCCAGAGUUUCCAGCGCUUGGAGCAGCAACUAAGAAGCUGCUUACCUCGAGCGCCCGAGGCCGUGCCGCUUGAUUUGGACGCUGCGGUCUCGCUUCAGAAGCAAGGGAAGUACCAGGAGGCUUUUGAGCAGUUGCUGCGGAGUUUGGAGGUGAUGAUUGGAAGCGAUGAACUUCAUCCCACAGCCCUCUUCGAUGUUUUAGAUCAGCUGGAGGAGCUGGUGAUGGGCGGCGAGGCAGAUGUGAACGAUGCCAGCUUGAGCUUCCUCCCCGUGGCACCGUUGGCCCUGACGGCGCGCGAACGCCUGGCGGAGCUGCAGCUGGACCGCGACGGCGACGGCGGGGUGGUCCUACAGAAGUUGGCGCAAGCGUUGCUCUACGCCGCGGAUGACCCUGGGGUCGCCACGGAGGCUGCAUUGAUGUGGCGCAGGAGGGCCUUGGAGGUGCUAAGGCAUGCUCGGGAGUUGAUGGAGAUGCACCCGGAGCUUGCGGAGCUCUGUGCGGUGGCAACUCUGCAAAUCGAUCUCACGGAGGAUCUGGGCUUGGAUCUGGGCAUGGAGUCUGGAUCACCACCUGGGACACUUGAAACAUAUCGCACUUACAGUUCUACUGUAAGUACCAACAUGUUGGGUCACGAUCAGGAACCGCCAUUGGUCAGUCGGUCUGAGAUCGCAACACCUUUGCAAAUCUCACAUUAA